AUGGCUCCCGACCAAAUCAUCAUCCGGGACGACUUCUUCUGUCGAAAAGGCCGGUUCUACACCCUGCGCGGCCAGGUUGAGCGGGUGGACGGCGCCACGCUGCGACGCAUGUUCCUCCCCGUGCGCAACCGCGACGGCAUGGAUGUGAUGCGUGCGAAUCCGCACUUUGUCCGCAGCCAAUUGCAGCACUACGGCAUUCGUUUCCACGAAUGCGAGUUCACCGGCCACGGAACACUGCUUCUGAAAAAGGUCCUCCGGGAGGGUAUGUGUGAUGUCGUUCCCGAGCGGAUUCUCACCCUGCAGGAUGAGCUUCAUCGCGAAUGGCUCAACACGAAGACCCCCGAGGAACUGUUCAGUACUCCGGACUGGGUGCUGGAUAAGUAUUUCCGGCGGCCGGCGAAUGGACAACCGGACCCUGCGAGGACGACGGUGGUUGUCGGUAUCCCGUUUCCGCCCUGCGCCGAGGGUCAGGUCAGCCGGAUGCGAGAGGCGGCUGGUCAGGUGGCGGGCUUGUAUCAUGCGUCUGCGUUAGGAUCCAAGACACACACCGUCUUCAUGGGCUGGGAUGCUAGCGCGGUCACAAAGGCCGCCUGGGGACAUGCGCCCCGGGAGAAGUCGAACCUCGUCGAGGAGAAGGAGAUGCGGAGGAAGGGGCGCGCCACCAUGCAUGCAGACUACCUCAAGAGGCUGGAGCAGAGGUUUGACCCCGCGGCCUGGACGCCCAGGUCACCCGUUGGGCAGUACCUGGUGGAUUGUCAGAAGAUCGAACAGGAGUGGUCGGCCCUGCCGGACGACUUGUGUCUCGAUAUUGACGCGACUGACACCCCCGGAAUCUUUAAGGCUUCUUUUGACUUUGAUGUUGUGGAGGGCAUCAUGAUUCUCGGUGCAGACGGGGAAGCACUGGAACAGUAUUGCUCGGAUCACCAGGGUCGGAGCGAUGAGGACUCUACCGAUGAGGAGGAUGUGGAGGAAAAGCCCAUGACAGAAUGGAUGAGAACGAUGCUCGCUCCCAAGCCUCGUGGUCGAGCAGUGAAACCCAUCACAAGCAACCUCCAGUCCCGCACGUUUCAACUGAAGCUCCGGUGUCGUGAACUGAGCGAGCCUCAGUUUCACCCCGAGUCGAGGAAUGGCAGCGUCAACUUCACCAAUUGGAACUUCGCCAGCUUGGUGGGAGAGGUCGAUCUUCCGGGCGUGGGCAAGAAUGUAUCUUUCCUUGCGCGGAAGGUGUCGGACGAACCAUGCAUGGAUGUGAUGGAAUGGGAGGACUAG